AUGACCUUAGUGAGAUCGAAGGAGGAGAACGUAUUGCCCAUCAUGUUGAGCGUGCAGCAACAGCAUCAUCACCAUAAUCUCCAUGGUUCUAACGCAACCAGUGCGCAAACCCAUCGCGGCAACGUGAUUGUUUCCACGAGCAGUAUACCGAGCAAUGACAUCAAGACGAUGCAGCAACACGGUUGCAAACGAUCCAAGAUUUACGGGCAACCGACCGGACCGUAUGGCACGGUUCCCCAUCAGCCAGCUUCCGUAGCAAGAAGAAAUGCCCGUGAACGGAAUCGCGUGAAACAGGUGAACAAUGGAUUCGCGACUCUGAGGCAACAUAUACCUCAAAGCGUGGCGCAGGCUCUCGGAGGAAGUACAGCCGGCACGCACGGUGGAUCCAGAGCUGGUAGUAAAAAGUUAUCGAAAGUCGAAACGCUCAGGAUGGCGGUCGAAUAUAUAAGAAGUCUUCAGCGUCUGUUGGACGAGCACGACGGUGGCUCGGAUCUUACCAAUGUAUCUUCGCCAACCUCGUCGCCGCCUUCCUCGACUUCCUCUUCUUCGUCCACGUGUAGCUCUGGCAACGGAAUCGGAGUCGAGUCCAGUCACCACUCUCCCGAGCUAAGACUUCGCGGCAACGUCAACAACGAGAUUCGGCAUCACAGCCCUGACUUGACAGCCCAUCGACACCAACAUCUCAGACAAAAUCCUAGCCCAACGUUUGUACCGGCACCAUGUUCCGAAGCGUCCAGUUCCCCAACGCCGAGUUUCGUUUCCGAAGCAUCCUCGGUUGGCAGUCAAGGCUACGGUGGAACCUCGGGUACUCUCUACGCGACGCAUUCCGAUGCUUACGAUAAUUACGAACCCAUGAGUCCGGAAGACGAAGAAUUAUUAGACGUUAUCUCUUGGUGGCAGCAAAGUCAAUGAGAGGAGCGGGGUUAUACUUCGGCUCCGACUUGGUCCAGCGUUUUCUCAAAGGAACAGAGUCACAGGACCGAUGAAAAAAAGGACCGAUAGGGGACGAUGAACAGCGGCUGUUCCACUAACUGUGAUCUAGUCAUAUUAAUAUUAAUAUCGUGUACAGAUGUAAUUUUACCAAUCGACGAAAGCGCGUCCUUUUUAUUUGUAGAGAUAACGAUAGUCCUUUGUUCUCGAGAUACUAUGCUUAAGAGUUUAGCGAUCGACGACCACGAAGGUUUCUAUUAUCGAUCAAUUUCGAAGUACAUACGGAGCGCAUUUUCCAUUAUGCUUAUCGCAUACAGAAUGUAGGAUAAUGUCGUAUCGACAUUAGCUGCAUCCUCGAAAGAUUUCCAGCAGCAUUCAACAGUGCCUUAUAAGAUUGUUUAAUUAUUAAUCGACGAACCGUUGAUUGAAGCCUAUAGUUGUACGGUUCCCAUCAACGCCAGCGUAAGUAAUUUAAUUCCGGUAUCGAAUAUGAAACUUGGUUAAGAAUUUCUUCGACUAUUAAACGUUAAUACUGGGAGAAUCGAGUCGUUGUAAAAUUCACGAAUGUUAACAACGUUUGAAAGUAUUUGCGACUCGAUCGAUACUCGCACGGACCAUCUAACGAUUCAAAUAUUUCUAGAAAUUCGAACAGAUACUUGAAUGAUGUUUCCGUGGGUCGUGAGACGCGAAAGGGUGCAUUUUAUAGUAUUGUAUUAAAACGACUUGUAACGAACGCGGUAUGUAAACAGUGCGUAUGGAACGGAAUCGAUCGGAUAAAUUCAA